CCGGGGGCACUCACCUGCCCCGCCGCGGCCGGGGGUGUCCCUGCCCGCCGGGGCCCCUCCCCAGCCCGCCCGGCCGCGAAGUUUGGCGAGGAAAGUUUCUGUGUAGGCACCGCUGCGGAAGAGCGUCCCGGGAGCGGCGGGAGCGGCGGCAGGCGACUUCCAUGGGACUGCUCGCUGACUCCCAGGAGUGCUUCAGACAGCGAGAUGUCCAGCAGCUGUAGGAUGAAACCCUCGAAACUGAAUAUUCUGGUGAACUGGUGAAGUUCCAGACCUGAUGCUUUCAGUGUCUUCUCUAUUCUCUAUGCUGUCAAUGUCCUGUUACAUGAACAACACAGCUUUUGUUUGCUGGAAACAGAAGAGGUUGGUGUCUCUGGGGAAGACACCGAAGAAGAUGCAGGCAUGCUGAAGACUUCAGAGAAGUGAGCAAUGAGUCCUUCUGAAAGCUGAAGAAAAGCCCCCUUGUAGGGUCAUGAACCUAAGACAAGUCUUCGUGUCUGUACUGCUGUUUGGAGUAGCUGGUCUACUCCUCUUCAUGUAUCUGCAAGCUUGGAUUGAAGAACAGCAUACAGAGUCUGGAAAAAAGCUGCAACAAGAGACAAUUAAUCAGGAUUUCACACUCCAGCCUCUGGGGAUGCCAAGGAAAGCAGCAUGGAGAAGAAUUGUUCCUGUGGGCCUCAGUAACCCUGAGAUGGCUGUCUCAAGCAGCAGGCACUGGCAGGGCAGGGCUGACCCUUUUGGUGUGGUGGCUGCCUCCUCGAGGAGCUGGCUGCCUGAGCAGAAGAUGAGUGAGUCCCCUCUCAGCUGGUUCAGAGGGGCGUAUUUACCUCCUGCUCUGCACCCAUUAAACAAGACAUUUGUCAAGGGUGGUGAGUGGCAGGACAUAGACAGCACCCAGGAAAAGCGCAGGGCCUUCCUGCAGGGCAUCUGUAGGAAACACAAUAGCAGAAGGAAGCUGCAAACCCAUCUGGUGCACCUGGUGUCAAGAAUUUACGUAGAGGACAGGCACAAGGUUUUGUACUGUGAAGUGCCAAAAGCAGGCUGCUCCAACUGGAAAAGGGUCCUCAUGGUGCUCAGUGGACUCGCUGCUUCAGCAAACAACAUCUCCCAUGAUGAUGUGCACUAUGGAAAGCAUCUAAGGAAAUUGGACAGUUAUGACCUAAAAGGGAUCUACACACGCUUGAACAUGUACACCAAGUUUAUAUUUGUACGUGAUCCUAUGGAAAGAUUGGUAUCUGCCUUCAGGGAUAAGUUUGAACAUCCAAACAGCUAUUACCAUCCCGUAUUUGGGAAGGCAAUAAUAAAAAAGUAUAGACAUAAUGCAGAUGAAGAAGCACUGAAAACAGGAUCGGGAGUUAAGUUCAAGGAGUUUAUCCAGUAUUUGUUGGAUUCCCACCGACCAGUAGGAAUGGACAUUCACUGGGAGCAAGUCAGUAAGCUCUGCUAUCCCUGCCUCAUCAACUAUGAUUUUAUAGGAAAAUUUGAAACCCUGGAAGAAGAUGCCAAUUACUUUCUGCAGCUGGUAGGUGCUCCAGCCAAUCUGAAGUUCCCUAAAUUCAAAGACAGACAUUCCUCUGAUGAGCGAACAAGUACAGAAGUAGUGAGGCAAUAUUUAAAGGAAUUGUCUAAGGAGGAGAGACAGCUGACCUAUGACUUCUAUUACUUGGAUUACUUAAUGUUCAAUUAUACAUCACCACUUGUAUAGCACUAGAAUAGCUUCAGGCUUCUACUAGAUACUUAUCAUGUUGGGAUUCAAAACAACUACUUUGAUAUUAGCCCUGAAAGGAAACAAAGUUACUGCUAAGUAGAGUUGUCUUGAAUUAGUGGGGAUUUUAUAAGCUAGAGUGGUAUCAAUUGAUACUAAAUUAUGGAGAAUGCAAAGAAAAAAGACCUGCAAACAGCAUAGAUUGCACUAAAAUGCCUGGAAAAGCUGUUUUUACCAUUAUGGAUUAUAUUAUGGAAGCAGUAGCUCAGACAGCUGUUGCAUUAGCUUACCUAAUGUUCUUUUAAUGGUUUAAGAAAAAAAAAUUGGAGUGGCAUGAUUCUUUUUUGGUAUGUUUUCUUUAGAAAUGGAUUUUGAAAAAAUUUUGAAUGUAUUUUUACUUUCUGUCACUUAUUAAUAAAUGAUCAUAGGCUAA